AUCUGAGGAGUGAAGGCACACGUGCAUGCACACACACACACACACUCAGGGGUUGUGUGUUGACUUAGGAGUUAAUGAAUGGAUGAUUGAGGGCUGCAGGGGUUGGGGAGAGCAGCGCCGUGGAAACAACCCCUCUUUCCCAGGAAGGGAGUAUAGAACAAGAGUUAGAGACAAAGAAAGGCAGAGAAAAUGAGUGUCUCAGAGACAGAAUGAAAUUCAGAUUGUGUGUGCACAGAGAGCCGAAGGGGGCUGCGGGGCGAGCUACUUGAAGCAGAAGCAUUCGAAAGCGCCAAUAAAGCAAGUAGCAUGUACUUGACAAGGACCCAAAGGGAAAGAGAGAGGGAGAGAAGCAGCUGUUGGAGGAGGAGAGUGAGACAAAGAAGGAGCAGGGGGGCUGUCCUUACUUGCUCUUCAGUGUGAGGACUGUAUGUGGGAGGAGGCACGGGGAGAGGGAGAGCAGGAGAAAGACAAGAAAGGAAAAGAGCAAGCAGAGAGUAAGCAGUAUGUUUGGAUGUGUGAGGGGAUAAACAUACAUCUGAGAGUGUUUUUGCAUAGUUGCAGGAAAAGUCUCUCCUCUCUCCUCUACCUCCUGCGCUGCACAACUUGGGCCGAGGGACCAUGCAGCCGGGGUGGACUCUUCCCUGGGUCGCCGCUCUCCUGCUGGGGCUGAUGGGGCUCUUGGUGAGCGGGUCGGACUUCCAGCAUCACCGCUACGAGGACAUGGUGCGAGCCCUGUUUGCAGUGCAGGGCGAAUGCCCCUACAUCACGCGCAUCUACAGCAUCGGGCGCAGCGUGGAGGGGCGCCACCUCUACGUGCUGGAGUUCAGCGAUAACCCGGGCAUCCAUGAGGCAUUGGAGCCGGAGGUCAAGUACGUGGGCAACAUGCACGGCAACGAAGUGCUCGGCCGUGAACUGCUCAUUAAGUUCUCCCAGUUCAUGUGCGAGGAGUACCGGGCCGGAAACCAGCGGAUCAUGAGGCUGAUCCAUGACACGCGCAUCCACAUCCUGCCCUCCAUGAACCCCGACGGCUACGAGGUGGCUGCCAGACAGAAACAUGGCAGACUCCGUGAAGAGGACCCGCUCCAUAUGUUUCAGGGUCCAGAGUUCAACGGCUACCUGGUGGGUCGAGGGAACUCCAGGGAAUUCGAUCUGAACCGGAACUUUCCGGACCUGAACGCACUCAUGUACUACUACGAGAAGACCAACGGGCGAAACCACCACCUGCCCCUGCCGGACAACUGGGAGCAACAGGUUGAACCAGAGACUUCGGCGGUCAUAAAAUGGAUGCAAAACUACAAUUUCGUCCUGUCGGCCAACCUCCACGGAGGAGCAGUAGUAGCUAAUUACCCCUUCGACAAGUCGAGAGACCCUCGCAUCCGAGGGAGGACCACGUACGCGGCCACUCCGGAUGACAAAAUCUUCAGAAAGUUGGCGAGGACCUACUCGUACGCUCACAGCUGGAUGCACAAGGGCUGGAACUGUGGGGAUUUCUUCGAUGAGGGGAUCACCAACGGGGCCAGCUGGUACUCUCUGUCCAAAGGCAUGCAGGACUUCAACUACCUGUACACCAACUGUUUUGAAAUCACCCUGGAGCUGAGCUGUGAUAAGUUUCCUCCGGCAUCAGCGCUGCCCAGAGAAUGGCUGGGCAACCGAGAAGCACUGGUUUCAUACCUUGAACAGGUGCAUCAUGGGAUAAAAGGCAUGGUGUAUGAUGAAAACAACAACCCCAUCGGCAACGCUGAGAUCUCAGUGGCUGGCGUCAACCACGAUGUGACCUGCGGAGUGGACGGCGACUAUUUCAGACUUCUGUUACCAGGCACCUACACUGUGACCGCAUCGGCCCCAAGUUAUGUCUCCUCCACCAGUACUGUCACAGUGGGACCAGCAGAGGCCAUACAGCUUCAUUUUUACUUGAAAACGGCACCAAAACAAAACCUGAAAGUGAAGCCCCACAACGGCAAGAAGAACCUCUCGUCCCCCAAGGCCCCCUUAAAACUCGGCCCCAGAUGAGACACGGACAAUACCACACAAACAUAUAUACACAUAUACUGAAAGUCACACAUAAAACAUUCACACGCAUACACAUUUUGAGAAUGAUAAUUGACCAUUAUAUAUGUAUGUAAUGUUACCAUUGUAGUCCUAUGAUUGUGUAUUUCAAACCUUUGUGUUUUUUUUGUGUCUGUAUCAAGGAAAUGUUGCAAAACCUGGUGUAUUUAUGUAACGGCAUUGAUUUGUAUGAACACAACUAUCCUGUAUUUGUAAAGGACUUUUUUGGAUUUUGAUUACUAUAAUUUGAUGAAAAAUUGAAAGUGAAAAUAAAACAUUUUUUUUUGCUGUCAUCAU